AUGACGGAAGACGUGCAGAAACACUCGGUGCACACGCUGGUGUUCAGGUCCCUGAAAAGAACCCACGACAUGUUUGUAGCAGACCAGGCUAAGCCCGUUGCCCCAGACGAGGAGAGUCAAAAAGUCAAGAUGGCCGUCAAGUUGAAGGCUGAUUAUGGUCCAGUUUUACACAUGCCAGUUUUGAAGGAGAACAAAGAACGAGUUCAACAGAUAUCCAGCGGAGUCCCUUCUGCUCAGGGUUACCCUCAACCAGGUGAAGAGGCAGAGUACCUGAUCACUGGGACACAUGCGUACCCCUCUGGACCUGGAGUUGCUCUGACCGCUGAGACCAAACUGCACAGAAACCCCAGUGAAGCAGGAGUUCAGACUGUGGCUCUGGCUCUGCCCCCUUCACAAGCCAGACAAGAAGCGAGUCGCACAGCAGCCAGUGUGGCAGAGAUCCAUCGGCACUAUGGAGGGGAGAGGUCUCACGCUGGCACUGUGGCUCUGCUGGAGGGAGGUGGAACAAGAAAUGCACUCACAAGGAGAGGUCCAACACUGCCCAAACCACAGUGGCAUCCACCAUGGAAACUGUUCAGGGUGAUCAGUGGACAUCUGGGUUGGGUCCGGAGUCUGGCAGUGGAGCCUGGGAAUCAGUGGUUUGUCACUGGCUCCGCAGAUCGAACAAUAAAGAUUUGGGACCUGGCCAGCGGGAAACUAAAGCUGUCUCUCACCGGCCACAUCAGCACUGUGAGGGGUGUGGCCGUCAGCACCCGCAGCCCCUACCUGUUCUCUUGUGGAGAAGACAAGCAGGUCAAGUGUUGGGAUCUGGAGUACAACAAGGUGAUCCGACAUUACCACGGGCAUCUGAGUGCAGUGUACGACAUAGAUCUGCACCCGACCAUCGAUGUGCUGGUGACCUGCAGCAGAGACGCCUCGGCCCGAGUGUGGGACAUCCGGAGCAAGGCCAACGUGCACACACUGACCGGACACACCAACACGGUGGCUACUGUCCGCUGUCAGGCUGCGGAGCCACAAGUCAUCACAGGGAGCCACGACUCCACCAUCAGACUGUGGGACCUGAUCGCUGGGAAAACACGAGCCACUCUCACCAACCACAAAAAGUCUGUCCGGACCCUAGUCAUGCACCCAAGACAAUACACAUUUGCCUCCGGCUCUGCUGACAACAUCAAACAGUGGAUGUUUCCAGAUGGGAACUUCAUCCAGAACCUCUCUGGCCACAACGCCAUCAUCAACACUCUGGCGGUCAACUCUGACGGGGUUCUUGUGUCUGGAGCUGACAAUGGCACCAUCCACAUGUGGGACUGGAGGACGGGUUAUAACUUCCAGAGGAUCCACGCGGCGGUCCAGCCCGGCUCCCUGGACAGCGAGUCUGGGAUCUUCGCCUGCGUGUUCGACCAUUCGGAGAGCCGCCUGAUCACAGCCGAGGCCGACAAGACCAUCAAAGUGUACAAGGAGGACGACACAGCUACUGAAGACAGCCAUCCAGUUAACUGGAAACCAGAAAUUCUCAAGAGAAAACGAUUCUGA